ACAGGUACAGUUAUAUUCUUGUAGAGGGGACUUCUAGGGGCCAGUGGUAUUGAGUAGGGCUUCCAGUGUCCAGUAGUGCGUCCUCUGUCGCAAAGAGCACGUCCGUGUUUACGAAAUUUCGGCAAUUUCGGCGCCCCCAAAAUCCCACCCUCCACCACCGUGAUGAAUUGAGUGUCGUCGAAGUGUUUUCCGGGGGUUUUUGUGCGGAAUUGUGCAUUGAUGGGUUGACCCGGAGCAUCCAAGACUGGACUUAAACCGAUGACACCGUAACACACUUAUAAAUCAUUAUUCGUGUUACAAAAGAAAACCGCAACUAGUGCUCGAUUUCGGGAUGUAUUUGCGGAGGAAAAGCAACGUUUUGCACAAACCCAAGCGGUGAACUGAAAAAAGAAUCAAAAAACUGAAAAAAAAAACGGAUGUGUUGUGUGUUCUCACUGCGGAUAUCGAUUUUUGUGUUAUCGGAAUUUAGCUCUUUUUGUCCGGCCUCAGCGAUGCGGCUGCCUUUGUUCCCCUGCCGCGUGAAUUAACCCCUCGCGGUGGCCCCAUCCCUCAUCCUCCCUCCUCCAAUGGCAACAAUGAAAUAUCCCAACGUAUCAGGUGGCACGAACAUGGCAGUCAGCGGCAAUGGCUCUCACGUUGACGAAGUCGAUUCCCUCUUCACCUCCACAUGUUGGCAAAACUCCAAUAUGAAUCUCCAGAACGACUUCAUCGACACUCAUUCCUUAACAUUAGACAGCUCAAUGAGCAAUCUAGGCGCCGACAAACUCCUCUUAGACUCCCCAAUCAGUCACGACGAUAACGAAAUCGAAACGGACGCUUUAGACAAACUCUUCCUAACUUCCCAACCCACAAACUCCAGUUUAGCCGAACUGAAGCCACUACCCCCUUUCACCGGCUACACCGCCAACCUCAGCAUCAACGGCAUCCAAGGCCACCACUACCACACGAUAUCCCAAAGGAUUCCCGAGGAGAACAACAACUCCUACAACACUUACAACGAACAGAACAUUGUCUCCAGUUCGACUUGUAAUGUGAGUGCGGAUUCCGCGGGUGAUUGUGCUAAAACAAUGUAUUCCGUUGACGGGUACUCGGAUUGUGCUAAUCCAGACUCAGUGUCAAGUGCGAAAAUGUACGAGGAUUGUAGUCACCCUUCUGCCGACUCAGUGACUCACAUAAAAACGGAAAUCGCCGAGUAUGACAUCUCCAUAGACUUUGCCAACAUCAUUGGUUCGGCGAUGGCCGACACCACCGUCCCCAACACCAACCCCGAAACCGAGGACGCCACUGGUUCCAGAGACAGCUGGAUGGACAUCGACGCCUUCAUCGGUGAGACCUGCGGGGAGCAGAAGAACCUCAUCAUCACCCAAGACGGUCUCUCGGAGUUUGGGGUUCCUGUGACCCAACCCCAACAAGGGGGCUCCACUUUACAGACGCUUCUCACGCACGGAUACAUGCCGCUGCUGCAGAACCGGCUCCAAAACGGCCCCCCCAUCAAGCAGGAAGCCCCCAGCUCGACCAACUUCUCGAGUGAUUUAAUCACGACCUCGAGUCCUCCAGCUAAUGUCGUCUCCACCACCGAUAAUCUCCUAUUGACUGUCAAUGGGCGUUUUAUGCCCCAAUAUGGGGUACAAAUGGACCGUAUUAGGAGUCCCGAUCUCCUGGGGCAGAAUUACCCCCAUACCACGACCACCAACACCCCCAACGCCCCCAAGAAGUCGAGGAGUCGCGCGCAGAAGAAGCAAGCGCAAGCCAGCACGACGGUGUUCCAAAAUGAGCAGAAUUUGGGCUUGUUGGGGAAGGAGAAGCCGGUUCAUAGAUGUAGUAUUUGUAAUCGGGGGUUCCUCAACAAGUCCAAUAUUAAGGUGCAUUUGAGGACUCACACGGGAGAGAAACCGUUUAGAUGCGAUACUUGCGCGAAGGCCUUUCGACAAAAAGCACACUUGUUGAAACACCAACAGAUACAUAAGAGGAUUGGACGCGAUUGAGGCCAAUGAGCAAAAAUUCACAAGUUUCUUGCCAUUUUGACAAUUUUUUGCUGGUUGGCCCGUCGAUUCCAAACGUGCUAUAAAAAAGGUACCUCAAUAUUCCUAUUAUGGACAAUGUGCAAUUUCAUCUAGUGAGCCGGUGCAAACAACAACGAGUUCUUAUAGGAAUAUCACAGUUCACUUUUCGGUGGCUUUCUUAAUCCUAUUUUAUUAUUUAUUUUUAUAAUGCGCAUUGUGUGGUAUAUGUUUUUUAUUUAUUUUAUUGUAUUAUAAUCUCUCCUCUGUCUUAUUUAUUUAUACUAACCUUAUUUUGUUGUAUUUGAGUUGAGUAAAAUUGUUCAAGAUUUCUCAGGUCCUCUUUAAUGGCACUUCUUGUGAUAAAAAAUAAGAUACUUAAUAUUUAAGUAAUUAAGUAUUUGUAUUUUUACAAAAUAUUUAAUUGUAUUGUGGAUUUACCUAAUUGACAACGAACCCUAUUGUAUGUAGCUCCCUUUCUGCCCUUUCGUAUCUUCUGGACCAACGUACAAAGUGCUUAUAAAUGAUUUUCAUCUAACUCAAAAUUAACAAUGAUUUAUUAUUACAAAAAAGUAGAGCGGCACAAAUAAAUGGCUGGAUGACAAUCAUUUAUAAGCACUCUGUAUAAUAGAUCUCAGUUUUUCUAACAGAAAGUUGCUUUGCACCUAGCAAUUGUGAUUUCGGGUUUGUCGCAUCGCAUUUGUAGCCCCUGAAAGACGUUUUAUUAAAAAUAGUUUGAUUAUGUGAUAAUCAGAAAAUAAGUAAAAAUAUUUGUAUUAAAUGACACAGCUUGACGACAAGUAAAUUUGUAUGUAUUUAGACUAAGUGCAGUAAACAAAUAAUUUUAAGUAGCCUCUAGCCCCUUAAAUUAAUUAUUGUUAUUAUUUUAUUGUUGAUUAUGUUAAUAAGUAU